GGCAGUCUUGCCACGAACAACUUGUUGCCGAGGAUGUUUAUUUUCUCUGUUACCAAGAUUGUCAUCAACUUAUUGUCAACAACAACAACAGGAAAGAGGAGGCCGCCUUAAGUGUUGAUUGAUUACGCAGUAGUAUAAUGAGAAACUGUGAGUGAUAUAAUGAUAUGCACGCGGAAGUGGAAUUUCGAGAGGGAAAAGAAGAAGAAGAAGAAUUAUUAGUGGGGACUUUUCAUCUGACUGAGUUUGAAAAUAGCGAUAGAAAGAAACUAUUUCAUGGAGAGCAAGUUUUGGUUCCAUCAGACCCCUCUGAAUGGAAUUCCAGUCACGUGGCCUCUUGGUUAUCAUGGUGCAUUGAGGCAUUUUCCAUCGAGCCUGCUCCAGAUUUGUCGCAAUUGCCGACAACUGGCAAGCAACUGUUGGAAUUGACAAUCAGCCAUUGGCGAAAUAUUGCGGGCGGUGCAAUUCUUGCCAGACAUCUUGGCCAUCUGAGACUGCAGGCGACGGGUGUGCGAAGUGAAGUCCUGCUUCAAGAGGAGCAUAUUUCCAAAAGGUUCAGCCUCCUGCAACGCACGUGUUCUCUGAUUGGCUCGACCGGAGGCAGUGGUUCGGGGGCGGUCGGAGGCGGACAAGUUCAGCUCUGGCAAUUCUUGCUCGAGCUCCUCUCGGAUUCGUCAAACUCCUCCUGCAUUGCGUGGGAGGGUUCGAACGGCGAAUUCAAGCUCACUGAUCCCGAUGAAGUGGCCCGCCGCUGGGGAGAGCGCAAGAGUAAACCCAACAUGAAUUAUGAUAAACUUUCGAGGGCUCUCAGAUACUACUACGAUAAAAAUAUAAUGACCAAGGUUCACGGAAAGAGGUACGCCUAUAAAUUUGACUUUCACGGAUUAAUGUUGGCGUGCCAGGCCCAAGCAGGUGUUACACUAGAGUCAACAGGAACUCGCCGUGGACCAAGUUCAGCGAGUAAUUGCCACCAGUAUCAUUCACACCUUUUAUCUAGUGGACCAACAUCUCAACAUUCUCAAGCACUUCCAUCCCAACCACCACCGCCACACUAUUGUUGGCCUUACCGAUUUUCAUCACCUACUUGAAUAUAUUGAUGCGACAAUCAAACAUUCCUUAAUUUUAAAUUUACAUUUAAUGUAAAUUUUAAAUUGGUAUCAAUUUAAAAUCAUAUUCUGCAAUUCUCGUCACAUGAGAAAGUAUUUAUGUUUAAAAUAAGAAGAUGACUCGAUAAAAAUAAAUAAAAUAAUAAUUGUAAAUGUUUAGUAAAACUUUAAAUGAAAAUGCUAAAUAAUCAUGUUAUUAAACUUAUAUGUAUAAAAUCAAUUAUAAAAGAAAAAUUCCAACCGAAACUUAUAUAAUUUUCUGUAUGAGUAAAAUGUUAAAAUAACAAAAUUUCCAUUUUGUUGAAAUUUUUCAACAUUUUUGUAUGUGUAAAGUGCUACUUAAUGAAACUCUCAAAACGCCCAUCCUGAAAAAAUGAACAUAUGAAAUAUAAUGGACAAAUGUCAAAUUUACAUUUUUUAGUUCUAAAUGCAUAUAUUAAUUUAGUAACUAGCAACAAUUUACGCGCGGCUGGCUUCUCACUAACUUUUUUAAACAAAAUUAGCAAUUUAAAAAAAAUAGAAUGUAAAAAUUUGUAAUUCAAAUUU